AUGAGCUGCGGCAGCGUUGCGGGUUCGGAGUUUUCGGAAGAGGAGCUGGAGCUGGGCGCGCUGGGCCAAGGCGAAGACGAGGAGGGCGCCAAGGCGACCUUCCAGGACAGCGAGAGUUCGACGAGCAGCCCCAGCGACCCAGAGGAGGGUCAGACCAAGAAACGCAACAGGCCGGUCAGGUCAAAGGCCCGCAGGAUGGCCGCCAACGUCCGGGAGCGAAAACGCAUCAUGGACUACAACCAGGCCUUCAACGCCCUGCGGGUCGCCCUGAAUCACGACCUCAGCGGCAAGCGGCUGUCGAAGAUCGCCACGCUGCAGAGAGCCAUCAACCGCAUCUCCGCGCUGUCGGUGUUCCUCAGCUCGAACCCGCCCAGCAAGCCCUGCAGCCACCGGGAGUGCAACCGGCCGGCGGCGUCCCGCCUGGAGCAGGGCAGAGUCCCGGUCCCCCGCCUGGAGCACCAGACCUACGUCCCCUGGCACGCGUCCAUCGCCCACCCGAUGCAGCCGCAGCAGGCCCCCCACGUGCACAGGCUGCCCGCCGAGCCGCACGUCUACCUGGACAACGCCAUGCCGUCCUGCCCGCCGUCGCCGCACUACCCCUGCUACCCCGCCGAGGGGCAGCUCUACGGACACGGACACUGCGGCAGCUCGCACGAGCACCCGCCCAGCCCGCUGCGGUACCCGCAGGCGGGCGAGGCGCUGGGCUACCAGCCCGGCGUCUGGACCUCCUGCGCUCAGGGAUACGUGGACGCCUUCGUGGAGCCGGCGGCGGCGGCGGCGGCUCUGGGGCUGCCGUGGCAGGUGAGCUACCUGCAGGAGCCGGAGCACAGCCUCCCCCUGUGCUCCGACGUCCUGUGA